CAGAUCAUCGGAUAGUCUGCGAUCACCGGCAAGUCCGAUCGAUUGACCGCUUCUAUGAUACUAGAGUCCGAGUCACUCGUACCGCAAGAUCAUCCAACUGCCAGUCUGCAACCACGUGGAUCGCUAUUAAUUUAGUCCCAAACGAGCCAAGGAAUCAAGAUAUAAGAAGUUGUCUCUGUGAUCACAAUAUUCUCCUUCAGGCUCUCGUCAUGCUAUUCGCAUUCCUUUUACCGCUUCUUGCCCUGACUAAUGUAAGCGCCAGCCCUCUUACCCCCCGUUCCAUUGCCGCCCAUUCCACUACACCCGUCAAAGCAACUUGGUAUGCGGGAUGGCAUGCGACUGAAGGAUUCCCGCUCUCUUCAGUUAGCUGGGACAAGUACAACACGCUGUACUACUCAUUUGCAGAGACCACUCGAGAUGUCAAUAAUCUGAGCCUGUUAGGCUCUGAUGGCGAAAUGCUCCCUCAGUUUGUCUCUGAGGCCCAUGCACACGGUGUCGAGGCCCAUAUUGCUGUCGGAGGCUGGACUGGGAGCAUGUGGUUCUCUUCUAACCUUGCCACUGCCAAAAACCGGACGGCAUUUGUCAAGACCGUGGUAGAUUUUGCUUCACAGUACAAGCUCGAUGGCAUCCAAUUCGACUGGGAGUCCCCGAACGAUCAGGGAAUUGGCUGUAACACUAUUAGCGUGCACGACACGGCAAAUUUCCUCGCGUUCCUCCAAGAGCUUCGCCAAAACCCAGUGGCGGCAAAGCUCACCCUCUCGGCCGCCGUAGGACUGGGACCGUUCUUUAAUGCUACAGGAAGUCCUUUAACUGACGUCACUGGAUUUGCGAAGGUCCUCGAUUACGUCGCCGUGAUGAAUUACGACGUUUGGGGCCCUUGGUUCUCGACUGUGGGGCCUAACGCACCGUUGAACGACACCUGCGCCGCGCCCGCGAACCAACAGGGCUCUGCUGUUUCUGCAGUCAAGGCGUGGACGAACGCAGGGAUGCCAGUCAACCAGAUCGUACUCGGUGUUGCUUCCUACGGUCACUCAUUCAGCGUCCCUCCCUCUAAAGCCUUCACAUCCGGCGCGAAGACGCUAGCUGCAUACCCUACUUUCAACGCCUCCAACCAGCCCUUGGGUGAUGCAUGGGAUAACACUGGUUCUGUUGAUGUCUGUGGCGUUUACGAGGGCCCAGGUGGCACUUUCAACUUCUGGGGCCUCAUCGACAACGGUUUCCUCACCAAAGAAGGCAAGCCUGCUGAUGGCAUCCACUAUAGAUAUGACACCUGCAGUCAGACGCCGUAUGUGUACAAUGAGACCUCGCAAGUUAUGAUCUCCUUCGACAACGCCCAAUCGUUUGCUACCAAGGGCAAAUAUAUCAAGGACACCAAGAUGCGCGGUUUCGCGAUGUGGGAGGCGGGUGGUGAUCACAAUGAUAUGCUCCUCGACUCUAUCAUCGAUGCUUUUGAGUGUGCUUAGAUUCGUCUGCGCUAUUUAAGGUCUGGAACCACUGCCAAAUCACGUUCGUUUACAUAGAUAUGACCACGUACGUUACACUCUUUAUCGCGAUUACGCUCUUUGCCAGUCUAUCAGCACUUAUUGUCUGAAAGGACUUCCCUUUGUUUACUGUGCGGCCGCCGCUGCAUCCUUAGCCGCGACGCCUUUAUCUUUCGUUACACGGCUACAGUAACCUUACAGUUUGAGUAGUUAGUCCAUAUACUUAUUCUUUAGUUAGUUCCGAAUCACUAUUGAUUCCUAUUCGAAACUCGUAUUGUAGAUAUCUAUUACUCUCAUCUCCUUC